AAUCUAAGUGUGUUUUUUUGUAGUUUUUUUUUUGCAUACAACUUUUUGUAAUAAAAGAAGAAGAAAAUCGCUGAUCACUCUUUAACUUUUAAAAGAAGUUCGAGAAAUUUUUGUGUGCUGCGUUUGAAAGUGUCAGUGUAAAUGAAACAUUGAUACCGAUCGGAAGGACAAAUUGCAGCUAGUGCUCUUGUGCUUGAAGAUCAAUUUUAUAAAAUUGUUUCGUUUAUAUUAAAAAAAAAUAAAUAAAUAAAAUAUAUAAAAUAAAAAAUACAUAUAAAUAAGUGUGUUAUAACGUUAAAAGAAAUCAGUUUAUAACUAUUUUCUCAACAAACACAAAAUAUAUAGUUCAAGUGUAAACGAAUUAAAUAAACGAAAAAAGAUUUGUUUUUAAAAACGAAUCAAUUUUUUUAAAAAAAACAGUUCAAAUAUGGCGAAACUAUUUGUAGUUUUUGCCGUUUUAGCUGUGGCUGUUACAGCAGCUACUGCCUCAAAUUCUGAACGUGUCAAACGUCAAGCAUCCACAGAAGAGCCUAAGAAAGAAGAAUCUUUCGAAAAGGAAUUGUGUAAAGAUAAAGAUGCCGGCGAAUGGUUCCGUUUGGUAGCCGGUGAAGGUGAUAACUGUCGUGAUGUUAUCCAAUGUACCUCAUCUGGUCUCCAAGCCAUCCGUUGUCCCGCUGGUUUGUACUUCGAUAUUGAGAAGCAAACUUGUGAUUGGAAAGAAGCCGUUAAGAAUUGUAAAUUCAAGAACAAGGAACGUCGUGUCAAGCCAUUGUUGCACACCGAUGAACCCUUGUGUCAAGAUGGUUUCUUAGCUUGCGGUGAUGGUAACUGUAUUGAACGUGGUCUUUUCUGUAACGGUGAAAAGGAUUGUUCCGAUGGUUCCGAUGAAAACUCUUGUGAUAUUGAUAACGAUCCCAACCGUGCUCCUCCUUGUGAUCCUGCCGUUUGUGUGUUGCCCGAUUGUUUCUGUUCUGAAGAUGGUACCGCCAUUCCCGGUGACUUGCCCGCCAAGGAUGUUCCCAUGAUGAUCACCAUCACUUUUGAUGAUGCCAUCAAUAACAACAACAUUGAAUUGUACAAGGAAAUGUUCAAGGGCCGUAAGAAUCCCAAUGGUUGCGACAUUAAGGCCACCUAUUUCAUUUCUCACAAAUACACCAACUACUCUGCCGUACAAGAAACCCAUCGUAAGGGUCAUGAAGUUGCUGUCCACUCUAUCACCCAUAAUGACGAAGAACGUUUCUGGUCCAAUGCCACCGUCGAUGACUGGGCUAAGGAAAUGGCUGGUAUGCGUAUCAUUAUGGAAAAAUUCUCCAACAUUACCGAUAACUCGGUUGUAGGUGUCCGUGCUCCUUACUUGCGUGUUGGUGGCAACAAUCAAUUCACCAUGAUGGAAGAACAAGCUUUCUUAUACGACUCCACCAUCACCGCUCCCCUGUCCAAUCCUCCACUAUGGCCCUACACCAUGUACUUCCGUAUGCCCCAUCGCUGUCACGGUAACUUGCAAAGCUGCCCCACUCGUUCUCAUGCCGUUUGGGAAAUGGUCAUGAAUGAAUUGGAUCGUCGUGAGGACCCUGCCAAUGAUGAAUACUUGCCCGGUUGCGCCAUGGUUGAUUCCUGCUCCAACAUCUUGACCGGUGAUCAGUUCUACAACUUCUUGAAUCACAAUUUCGAUCGCCAUUACGAUCAAAAUCGUGCUCCUCUCGGUUUGUACUUCCAUGCCGCUUGGUUGAAGAACAAUCCCGAAUUCUUGGAUGCCUUCUUGUACUGGAUCGAUGAAAUUUUGGCCAACCACAAUGAUGUUUACUUUGUCACCAUGACCCAAGUUAUCCAAUGGAUGCAAAAUCCACGCACCGUCAGUGAAGUCAAGAACUUCGAACCCUGGAGGGAGAAGUGUACCGUCGAAGGCAAGCCUUCCUGUUGGGUACCCAAUGCCUGCAAGCUUACCUCCAAGGAACUGCCCGGAGAAACCGUCAAUCUCCAGACCUGCGUAAGAUGUCCCAACAAUUACCCCUGGGUUAACGAUCCUACCGGUGAUGGUUUCUUCUAAGUCAAACAAAAAAACCAACAACAAAAGCCUUAAAUCUUAAACUUUAAGCGCAAAAAUUUCUCUAAUUUAAACAAAACAAAAAAACAACUGCCUACUUCUUUUUCUCUCAAGUUGCAAAAUUUUAUUUCUGCUUAUCUCGUAAUUGUUGAAUUUAUGUUUGCUUCUUUUAAUUUUUCCAAACAUUCACUUGUAAAUAUAUAUUUUUUUUAUUAUCAAAUAUUUUGAAAUUUCUCCCUCGUUUAUAUAUUUUUUAGUUUUUGCUUAUUUCUCCGUUUACUACUUCUUUUUUUUAUUAUUGUUACAAAAUGAAAAUUUUAUUUUUCACCUUGCAAGACUUUCUUUAGUUGCGUCUUUUAAACUUUUUGUUUUUAUCAAAGUUUAAAAGUCAUUGCUGUGUUAAUUAUACAUUAUUAAAAAAAAAACAUGAAUUAAAACAAAUUUAUUUCGUUGAAAAGGAAAAAAAAACAACUAAAACGAACAAAUGUUUUUCUUUUGUAAUUUGUAGAAUAUUAUGUUAUUUGUAACGUACUAUAUUUAAAUAUAUAUAUUUUUUUUAUAAUAAAUACAUAUUGUAUCGUUCAAUUUAUAUAAAUUAAGAAAAAAAAUAUUAAAAAAAAACAACAAUAUAAAUUGUAAUUAUACAACACAUUAAACAAACACAAACAAACAAAAAAAAAUUAAAUAAAAAAUUGAAAAACAAAAAAA